GCCUAAAUCAUACCCCCUAGUUUGCACUAAUCAAGCUAUACCCAGUGUGUUCCGUGAAGCUUACAAUUGGAAUUAGAUCCGCAGAUAACAAGGCGUCAUGGUGUAACUGGGUUGCAUCCGAUGCGACAACCUCGCCGGAUAGAUAAGCUAGAGUCUCCCAUAUCCUCCCAUGCUUCUGCUAUAUCCUCCUAAGUAUUGGUAUCUAGGUCGACGACGUUCAUCUUGAGCGUCAUUUUCUUGCGAUGGUGUCCUGGACCGAGAGACUACAGGUCGCGCACACGACCCCGGUUUGCCGAUGGAUCAACUACGAUAUCCGCCCUAUCGAGGCCUCAAGGCGCACUUGGGGGUUCAUGGUAUUCAACAACUACUGGCUUCUUGUCAAUUUUAGUAUCGCGACAUACUUAACCGGAAGCGCCUUGAUCCCUCUAGGUUUGACCUGGUGGCAAGCCAUCAUUUGUAUUGUUAUCGGCAAUCUCCUGGCGGCCGCAUUUUGCGUCAUCAACUCUCUUCCGGGUGCCUAUUACAACAUCGGCUUUCCCGUCGCCAAUCGCGCUGUAUGGGGCAUGUGGGGAUCUCAAUUCGUCAUCUGGAACCGCAUCUUCCUUUCUCUCGUUUGGUAUGGCUUCAAUGCCUGGGUGGGCGGCACUUGUGUCUACGUGAUACUCCAAUCCUGGGAUGUCAACUUGGAAGAGCAUAUCCCGAACCACAUGCCUGAAGACACGGGCAUGACGACGGCGCAAUUCGUCGCCUACAUCGUAUUUAGCGUCAUCAGUCUGCCUGUCGCCUGGAUUCGACCGCAUAAGCUUGAACGAUUCUUCAUCUUCGCAAGCUCUAUCACCAUGGUCUUCUUCAUCGUUUUUCUCAUUUGGGCUCUCGCGACCAUGGGACAGGCAGGCUUCGGUGAUACGAUCAGUCCCAGCACUACGCUGCCGAAUACUGGAGGCUCUGGUAGUGUUGCCUGGCUAAUGAUAUAUGGCGUCGUUUCGACCAUCGGAUCGAUCGCUGCGGGCAUUCUUAAUCAGAACGACUACGCACGCUUCGCCAAGCGCCCUCGUCACGCCAUCAUAGGCCAAGCGAUUCCCUUUCCUAUAUACGGCAUCGGAUGCUCCGUUGUCGGAAUUCUUGUCACGGCAGCCACGCAAAAUAGAUUUGGCGGGGAGGCGAUCUGGAAUCCGCCCACCCUUCUUUCGCGCUUGAUCACCGACUCCCCAACCGCAGGAACACGGGCGGCCGCUUUCUUCGCAGGUCUCGCACUAGUCAUCUCUCAGGUGGGGAUAAAUAUCCCAGGAAAUGCCCUUAGCGGUGGAUUCGACCUGGCAGCGACGUUUCCAAAGUACAUCAAUAUUCGUCGGGGGGCGUACAUCACGAUGGCUUUCAGCGUGAUCGUCAACCCGUGGAAGUUGGUCAGCACGUCGACAAUUUUCUUGACUGUUCUUUCCUCAUACUCCAUCUUUCUAGCUCCAAUGACAGGUAUGAUGGUCUCGAGUUACUUGCUGGUUACUCGGAGGAAAAUGAAGACGGAUGAUUUGUACCGUGGCGAUAAGGGUAGUAUUUACUGGUACAAUGCUGGCUUUAAUUGGCGUGCCCCGAUUGCUUGGGUUAUUGGAGUUGCUCCCACACUUCCAGGGUUUAUUGCAGCAGUUAACAAAUCCGUCAUCGUUCCGGAUGGUUUAACCCAGUUGUAUUUUAUGAGCUACCUUUACGGGUUUCUCUCAAGCUUCUGCGCGUAUGCUUUGCUUCACAAAGUAUUCCCGGAUGCCUCUCUUAACUCGUUCGUCAAUGAUGAGAAGACAGCGACAGAAAUGAUGACUAUUUCAAGGGAGAAGUGGGAUGACGUAGAUUAUGAGCCCUCGGGAGUGGUAGAUGGAGAGGAGACUGCCAAAUCGGAUGGCAAAAUCUUCAUCCGGACCCGUUCGGAAUGAUAGAUAGAAGGCUGGACCGACCCCUUUCAUCAUCUCUUAAUUUAGGUGAAGCACAAUAGGCCACUGCGUAUUAAUAGUUAGGUUAGUACAGGUAUUAAAUAUAGAACGUAUAGGCA